CCUCCAUUCAAAGCAGCCAGGAUCCUGUUGUCAGCGAGCCGCUGCAGCAGCCUCUCCGCACCUGCAGCUCCAGCAUCCUCUGCAGGGUCAGUGCUGGCGAGGAACCCCCUUCAACCCCGAAGCCAGAGGCUUUUCACUGACUCCAGGUACUUGAUUUAAGAUCUUCUUCAGAACAACCAUGGAUUCCAAAAUGCUGUUCUGCACAAAGAAAAUAGUAUUGUUCCUCGCGCUGGUAGUAUGGGAGUCAUCAAGGCAAGGCCUGGCAGAUACUUUGGAUGAUGAUGCAAAAAAUAACAUCACUAUCUUUACAAGAAUUUUAGAUCGUCUUUUGGAUGGGUAUGAUAAUCGCCUAAGGCCUGGAUUAGGAGGCCGAGUAACAGAAGUCCACACUGAUAUCUACGUGACAAGCUUUGGCCCUGUUUCUGAUACAGAUAUGGAAUACACAAUAGAUGUGUUUUUUCGUCAAAACUGGCAAGAUGAGAGACUACGAUUCAAAGGACCCAUGCACAUUCUUCGACUAAACAAUCUGAUGGCAAAUAAAAUUUGGACUCCAGACACAUUCUUUCAUAAUGGAAAGAAAUCUAUUGCUCACAAUAUGACAAUGCCAAAUAAGCUUUUAAGAAUUCAAGAUGAUGGAACCCUUUUGUAUACAAUGAGGCUUACAGUCCAAGCUGAAUGUCCAAUGCAUUUGGAGGAUUUUCCCAUGGAUGCUCACGCUUGCCCAUUAAAAUUUGGCAGCUAUGCCUAUACCACCUCAGAAGUAACAUAUGUUUGGACGCGUAAUGCCACAGAGUCAGUUGUGGUGGCACCAGAUGGGUCAAGAUUGAAUCAGUAUGUUCUUUUGGGUCAUUUAGUUGGAAAAGAAACUAUUAAGUCAAGCACAGGGGAAUACACUGUAAUGACUACGCAUUUUCAUUUGAAGAGAAAAAUUGGUUAUUUUGUGAUUCAGACAUACCUCCCCUGCAUUAUGACAGUUAUCUUGUCUCAGGUAUCUUUCUGGCUAAACAGGGAAUCUGUACCAGCAAGGACAGUUUUUGGUGUUACCACUGUUCUUACAAUGACGACACUUAGCAUCAGCGCUAGAAACUCUCUUCCAAAAGUAGCAUAUGCUACAGCGAUGGAUUGGUUCAUUGCUGUUUGCUAUGCUUUUGUGUUUUCAGCAUUGAUAGAAUUCGCCACUGUCAAUUACUUUACUAAAAGAGGAUGGGCUUGGGAUGGGAAAAGUGUUGUCAAUGACAAGAAAAAAGAAAAAGCGUCUGUAAUUAAGAAAAACAAUGCUUAUGCCGUGGCAGUAGCAAAUUACGCUCCCAACAUCACAAAGGAUUCCGCUCUUCCAACAAUAUCAAAAAGCGCUACAGCAGAUGCCAACAAAGCCAAACCACAGGAAGCAAAGAAAACAUUUAACAGCGUUAGUAAAAUCGACAGAAUGUCUAGAAUAGUGUUCCCACUUUUAUUCGGCACAUUUAACUUGGUAUACUGGGCCACCUAUUUGAAUAGGGAACUUGCCAUAGAAGGGCUUGUCCUGUCCAAGUAAAACAAACACCUGCUAACAUAUUAUUAGCAUCUUCAAACAUGGAUAGAUUGUUUUAGUAUGGCUAAUAAUAAGUACUGGUGUGUGAUUCAAUAUGUACAGUAAGUACCUCUAGUGGGAAGAAGCUCUGUUAACUAAAACCAGCUUUGAAUAGCUAGUUCUCAUGUAAUAUAAAAACUUGUCGACAAUGUACUUUCACUUUGGACUAAGGUUUUCAUGUACUUUACAAAGAGUGGUUAACGUUAACAGAAAACAAA